UGAAGUAAACAAAAACAAAAUUGUGCGGACAUCAGACAACAGACAAUAAACCUCUUUUUGAAAACGUAUUUUCACGAUUACACGUUUAUAGUGUGCGUAGGAGCAACUGUCAUAGUUCUAUAAUCUAAUGUAAAAUGACUAUCAUGGUAUUGUCAUGCGAAGAUUCUAUAAAAAGUUGAAGUAUGUAUUGAUAAUGUGAUGUUAUCUGUCUACCCUGUCUACAUUUGAGAUCGCCGGAAAUAGUACGCUUGAAUCGCACAGUAAUGCUCUAUACAGAGUUCUACAUUCAACGUAGAUAUAACAUAUAGCGUAAAAUCGAUUUUUAUCUAUAUUGGCUUACGGUUUGCCACUGAGCAGACAAUAGUUUAUUAGGCAAAGUAAGUCUGUCGGGAUAAGAUAAAGUUUGCUGCUGAUUAAUCCGAAAGUGCACUUACAGCCACGAAAGCUCACAACACAGGAAAAGUUAACUAAUCAUAACACUUUGAGGUCCACAGUACAAAGUUUGAUAUAAUUUUUUACAAGCUAUGGCAUUGUCCAGAUCCUCAAUAUACCGUGACCUGUCAGAGGAGCACCCGAGAAAGCUUAUACCGGAGCUAUGUAAGCAAUUUUACAAUCUUGGUUGGGUUACUGGAACUGGUGGAGGAAUAAGCAUUAAACUGGACGACGAAAUAUACAUUGCACCUUCUGGUGUGCAGAAAGAACGUAUCCAACCAGAUGAUUUAUUCAUUCAGAACAUAGACGGAGAUGACCUACAGGAGCCUCCGGAAUACAGAAAGUUAACGAAAAGUCAGUGCACACCACUAUUCAUGUUAGCAUAUCGUGAAAAAAAUGCUGGAGCAGUUAUUCACACUCACAGCCCCGCUGCUGUAAUGGCUACACUUUUGUGGCCCGGAAGAGAAUUUAGGUGCACUCAUUUAGAAAUGAUAAAAGGAAUUUAUAGUUAUGAAUUGGAGCGCAACUUACGCUUCGACGAAGAACUCAUAGUACCUAUUAUAGAGAAUACACCAUUCGAGAAGGACCUAGAAGAACGCAUGGCCAACACCAUGAAAGAAUAUCCGGGAACAGCGGCAAUACUUGUUCGAAGACAUGGCGUUUACGUGUGGGGUGGAAGUUGGCAAAAAGCUAAAGCAAUGACCGAAUGUUACGACUAUUUAUUUUCCUUGGCGGUCGAAAUGAAAAAGCUGGGCCUCGAUCCUAACGAAGUUCCAAAAUACUACAGAAAUAAUAAGAAGUAACUUGAUGUAAACCGGAACAACGAAUAAAUGUUUUUUUCUGAAUUAUAAGCAAUAGGAAAACGGAAAUGUAGUUUGAGCACAUAGUGUUUUGCGAUAUUUGAAAAAAGAAAACCGCUUUAAGCAUAGGAAGUUUUCUACCGAUUAAAAAGUGCACCUAGAACCAAUCUCCCAUGUGUGGAAACAAAAGGGUACUAAGUUUAGAACCGUACAACCAUUUAUAAGCUUUUCAAAUCUCAAAAAUAUUCGAAAACCUUCAAAUUCGUUCGUUAUUUAAUUUAUAGUUUUUUUUUAAUUUGUACAGCACAAUUACAGACUGGCGAAAAAAAUCUACCUAAACUUAACUAAAACAUGAAGCCGAUAAACAACACAUUUUUUUAUAUUUGGUCGGUGUUAAGUCAGACUGAACCAAGUGACAAAGCUCUGAUUUCGAGAAAAACGCGUUCAAAGUUUGUUGUACUGUAUGAUUUAUACCUAUCAAUCGUUCAAAAUCAUUUUAUAACUCUAACCGUUUGUAACAUUCAUGUAAUCUGUUUAAAACGACAUGUAGCUUAGAAAAUUAUUGAUCGUUUGCUGUCAUUAACUCAUUUUUUUAAAUUUUGCGACUUGGUCCGGUCUGAUUUAACACCGACCAUUUGAACUAUAGUAUAAAGUAACUGAACCUAUAGAAGAUUGUUGGAAAGUGAUCAUUGUUAGUAGUAAGCCAUGAGCCAUAAAACAUAAAAAAGCAAUAGGAAGCCAUAAUAAAACUGAAUAAGAAAAAGAAAAUGAAUAAGAUUUACUUUUAUUAGGUUACUAGCUGACCCGACAAACUUCGUAUCGCCACAAAUUAAACUGUGUUG